AUGGACGCAGUGAUUGGGAGCGUUGCUUCGCACCCCGUUCUUUCGGCUACGCUCCUCGCCUUCGGAGCCGUCUCUUUUCUCCAAUUCGUGUUCAAGGCCUCGCAAGUCUUGGUGCAAACAUUUGUCCUACCAGGAGCUAGCUUAAAAAAGUUUGGGGCUGGGAAAGGGUCGUGGGCAGUUGUUACGGGCCCCACAUCAGGCAUUGGCCUUUCAUUUGCGCAACAAUUGGCCAAGGCUGGCUUCAACAUUGUUUUAUGUGCUCGUAACGAGGUCAAGCUGCAGGAAUUGGCAAAAGAGCUCGAGGCGUCACACCAAGUGCAAACUAUAUCCGUCGUGCUAGAUUUUGCCAAUCCCGACCAUCCUGGCUGGGAAACUCUGAAGGAGAAAGUGUCGCCUCUUGACGUAGGCGUCCUGGUCAACAAUGCAGGUCUUUCGCACCCGAUGCCGACCUACUUUGCCGAAGUACCCAACGAGGACCUGACGAACAUAGUGAAUGUCAAUUGCCUUGGCACGCUUCGAGCCACACGCGCCGUCGUCGGCGGGAUGGUCCAGCGAAAGCGCGGACUGAUCCUGUCGAUCGGGUCCUUCUCCGGUGCCAUUCCAAGCCCAAUGCUUGCCCCCUACUCUGCUUCGAAGGCCUUUGUCUCUACAUUCUCUGAUGCGUUGCAGGAGGAGCUCAAGGGAUCCGGGGUAAUCGUCCAGUGCGUGAACACGUACUUUGUGGUAUCGAACAUGUCCAAAAUCAAGAGAUCCUCCUUCACGGUGCCCAUACCGGACUCAUAUGUUCGCUCUGUCCUGCGGCACAUCGGUCAAAGCUGUGGUGCAGCGGGUACUGAUCGACCUGCGACGCUCACCGCGUACCCUUCACACGCGAUUGCGGACUAUCUCGUCCACGCAGUCUCAAACGUGUUCAGCAACUCGGUCUUCAUCAGCUACACGCAUUCCCUACACAAAUCGAUCCGCAAGCGGGCCCUAGCCAAAGCGGAACGGGAAUCAAAGAAGGUAACGUAGCUCGAGAGCGGGACGUUACCUUAACGCCGAGCGGCUGCUGCCGAGCCUGCAGAUAUAAUAGCUUCGUAUAGUCGUAUCGUUCUCCACGUGCAUCAUCUUCCACUUGCUGUAUAGCAUUUAGCGUGUUGAUGCCCAUUGUGAUGCCG